AUGGACGGGAUUCAUCCACCCUUCACUGUGAGGACGUCCAUCAGCUUUCUGCUUCUCGUUCUGCUUCAAACGUCUAAAGCUCAGGACAUCUGUAGUGCUCCUCAAUCUGUGAACUUCAAUGAAAACAAUGAUCCGAAUGCUCUCGUGACGACCAUCACUGUGGAGCCGGGGGUCACGCUCGCCUUCAAACCACCUGAAGACCCUGACAACCCAUUUGUACUCGAAGGAAACCAGCUGAAAGCUAGUAGAGCAUUAGACUACGAGACUGAGAAAACUCUUACAGUCAGCAUCGACUGCCUUGAGACAGCCACGGACCUCAAGUUGGGGUUAGUCAUUAUUGUAGUACUUCAAAACUUGAACGAUAACGGGCCACAAUUUGCUGAAAACCCCUACAAUGUGGACUUCAACGAGAUGUCUCCAGUGGGCACAACUGUGGGCCGGUUUGCUGCCACAGAUUUGGAUAAUUUGGGUCCGCUCUACUACACACUGACAUCUGCCACUAAUGACUUUGUUCUGGCGUCACCGACGACCCCGGACAUCAUUGUAAACACUCUUCUUGACUUCGACAAAGUCAAAAGUUUCAAUUUGGUGUUGACCUCUCAGGACACACCGUUAGGCUCAGCGGAUAUUCUCUCGUUCACUGCCACCACCACCAUCAUGGUCACUAUUGUAGAUGUGGACAACAGACCACCAUGGUUUCAGCCCUGCACCAAGUAUGAGGUGGGGAGCGCUACGGUCUGCCAGAGUUCUGGCUACACUGGCGUGGUCAACUUAAACGAACAAGAGCCCGGAGUGUUACCACUGAAACCAGGACGGCUUCAUGCCAUCGACGGUGACUCGCUAAAUGAGGAGAUAACAUACUCCUUCCUGAGUGGAAAUGAGGACGGUCUGUUUAAGAUCAACUCGGACACAGGAGACAUCACCAUGGUGAAGGCGGCUGAGGUGUUGGGGACAAUCACUCUGACAGUGCUGGCUGCUCAGAAGAUUAGCAGUUAUCAGUUUGCCACCACCAGUGUGACAGUCAGUGUUCAUGUGAAGAGCCUCCAUCCUCCAGAGUUUGAGAAGACUCGGUAUGAAGCCGUUGUCUCUUCAGAAGGAACCAUGGCAGUGGACCCAACCAACAAUGUUCCAGUGCGGAUUAUCGCCAAAGAUAAGGACUAUGCUGCUACUGGGGAUAUAAAUCCUCACAUCAAGUACUCCAUUAAGGGAAGCAAUAACUUCUCCAUCACUGACGGUUACUUAUUCAUGAUAAACGAAGUCCCAGACGGCGAAUUAUCUCUGGAAGUGGUGGCAGAAGACACGACCAACGAUGAAUCAGCCACAGCUGAGCUCGUUGUGGACGUGAAAACAGGUCUCACCACCACCAGUUUGCCUCCAAGCACUACAACAGAGGAAUCCACCACCGUCGGCAAGACAACGAAAGAUAUUGUGUCCUCCACGGUCGGCAAGACAACAGCAGAUUUUGGGUCCACUACCGACAGCAUCACAACUGCCCUCCCCAGCACAACCACUGAAAGCACAGCCACUGAAAGCACAACCUCCAAGACCAACCACGACUUUAGUGUGGGGGACAUGGCAGCGCUCGGUGCGUCUCUGGGUGUCCUGCUGUUCGUGUGUCUGGUGGUCAUCGGUGUGCUGGCCCGCUGCAUUCAGAAGUGGAAAACAGACUGUAGGAAGAUCUCCGAAGCCAGCAUGUUUCAACGCACUCUGAGUCAAGGUUCAAUUGGUAAAAAGGGAGGAACCCCUUACACCAACAUGGCCUACCUGAACGAUAAAGAUGGAGGCAGCACAGGCUCAGAUAAUCCAGAUGGAGGAAGCAUAAAGGUUGGCGAAGAGCCCCUGUAUGAGAACAGCCUGCUCAGAGAGUCUUCAGCACCGGUUAAAAGCCCACAGCACGACGACGGCAGCCUGACGGGAUCUGAAUAUACGGACAGCGAGAAGGAGGUGAAACCCAUCCUGACCAAGGAGAGGCGCAUGGAGGAGGGGUACAAAUCGGUCUGGUUUAAGGAGGACAUUGACCCCAAUGCUAAGGAGGAAGUGGUCAUCAUCCCAGACAGCAGAGAGGACGACAGCGAGGAGGAAGAUGACGAGGAUGAAGACACGGACAGGCCAGUUAAAAAGGUUGUCUUUGCUGAGGCAGAUCUAGAUAGUGGACUCGGGGUAAAGAUAGAGGAUCCAGCACAGGACUCAGAUGAUGACGACAUGGUGACUGAACAUCUGUGA